AUGUCGAGACCCCAGGGACUGUUAUGGCUUCCGCUGGUCUUCACCCCGGUCUGUGUCAUGGUGAACUCCAACGUCCUGCUGUGGAUCACUGCCCUGGCCGUCAAGUUCACGCUCAUCGACAGCCAGGCGCAGUAUCCUGUGGUCAACACCAAUUACGGCAAAAUCAGGGGCUUGAGAACACCGCUGCCCAAUGAGAUUUUGGGUCCAGUGGAGCAAUACUUGGGGGUCCCUUAUGCCUCGCCUCCUACUGGGGAAAGGCGGUUUCAGCCCCCGGAACCCCCCUCCUCAUGGACUGGGGUUCGGAACGCCACUCAGUUUGCUGCCGUGUGCCCCCAGCACCUGGAUGAGCGGUCUCUCCUGCAUGACAUGCUGCCCAUCUGGUUUACUGCCAAUCUGGAUACUCUGAUGACCUACGUUCAAGAUCAGAAUGAAGACUGCCUUUAUUUGAAUAUCUAUGUGCCCACGGAGGAUGGAGCCAACACAAAGAAAAACGCUGAUGAUAUAACCAGUAAUGACCGUGGUGAAGAUGAAGACAUCCAUGAUCAGAACAGUAAGAAGCCAGUAAUGGUGUACAUCCAUGGCGGGUCUUACAUGGAGGGCACAGGCAACAUGAUUGACGGCAGUAUUCUCGCGAGCUACGGCAAUGUCAUCGUGAUCACAGUUAACUACCGCUUGGGGAUUCUAGGGUUUUUAAGUACCGGCGACCAGGCGGCCAAAGGCAACUACGGGCUCCUGGAUCAGAUCCAAGCAUUACGUUGGAUUGAGGAGAAUGUCGGGGCCUUCGGUGGGGAUCCCAAGAGAGUGACCAUCUUCGGCUCCGGCGCGGGUGCUUCUUGUGUCAGCCUCUUGACCUUGUCUCACUAUUCAGAAGGUAAGAAAAGCAAUUUUGCACCUGCAGGUCUCUUCCAGAAGGCCAUCAUCCAGAGCGGGACCGCCCUGUCCAGCUGGGCCGUGAACUACCAGCCUGCCAAGUACACUCGGAUAUUGGCAGAUAAAGUCGGCUGCAACAUGCUGGAUACCACGGAUAUGGUGGAAUGCCUUCGGAAUAAGAACUACAAAGAGCUCAUUCAGCAGACCAUCACCCCGGCCACGUACCACAUCUCCUUCGGGCCCGUCAUUGACGGGGAUGUCAUCCCCGACGACCCUCAGAUCCUGAUGGAGCAGGGGGAAUUCCUUAACUAUGACAUCAUGCUCGGGGUCAACCAGGGGGAGGGGCUGAAGUUCGUGGACGGCGUCGUGGAUAACGAGGAUGGUGUGACGCCCAACGAUUUUGACUUCUUGGUGUCCAACUUCGUGGACAACCUUUACGGCUACCCGGAGGGGAAGGACACCUUGCGGGAGACCAUCAAGUUCAUGUACACGGACUGGGCAGAUAAGGAGAACCCCGAGACGCGGCGGAAAACCUUGGUGGCUCUGUUCACCGACCACCAGUGGGUGGCCCCCGCCGUGGCCACCGCGGACCUGCACGCACAGUACGGCUCACCCACCUACUUCUACGCCUUCUACCACCACUGCCAAAGCGAGAUGAAGCCCAGCUGGGCGGACUCAGCCCACGGCGACGAAGUCCCCUAUGUCUUUGGGAUCCCCAUGAUUGGCCCUACCGAGCUCUUCAGCUGCAACUUCUCCAAGAAUGAUGUCAUGCUCAGCGCGGUGGUCAUGACGUACUGGACAAACUUCGCCAAAACCGGUGAUCCUAAUCAGCCCGUUCCUCAGGACACCAAGUUCAUUCACACAAAACCCAAUCGCUUUGAGGAAGUGGCCUGGUCCAAGUAUAACCCCAAAGACCAGCUCUAUCUGCAUAUUGGCUUGAAACCCAGAGUGAGGGACCAUUACCGAGCCACAAAAGUGGCUUUCUGGUUGGAACUCGUGCCUCACUUGCACAACCUGAAUGAGAUAUUCCAGUAUGUGUCCACAACCACAAAGGUUCCUCCUCCGGACAUGACCUCCUUUCCCUACGGAACUCGGCGAUCUCCUGCCAAGAUAUGGCCCACGACCAAACGCCCGGCGAUCACUCCCGCCAACAACCCCAAACACUCCAAGGACCCUCAUAAAACGGGGCCUGAGGACACCACCGUCCUCAUCGAAACCAAACGGGAUUAUUCCACUGAGUUGAGCGUCACCAUUGCCGUGGGGGCAUCCUUACUCUUCCUUAACAUCUUGGCGUUCGCAGCGCUGUACUAUAAGAAGGACAAGAGGCGCCAUGAGACACACAGGCGCCCCAGUCCCCAGAGAAAUACCACAAAUGACAUCGCUCACAUCCAGAACGAAGAGAUCAUGUCCCUGCAGAUGAAACAGCUGGAGCAUGAUCACGAGUGUGAGUCCCUGCAGGCUCAUGACACGCUGAGGCUCACCUGCCCUCCAGACUACACCCUCACGCUGCGCAGGUCCCCCGAUGACAUCCCACUUAUGACACCAAAUACCAUCACUAUGAUUCCCAACACACUGACGGGGAUGCAGCCUUUGCACACGUUCAAUACCUUCAGUGGAGGACAAAACAGUACAAAUUUACCCCACGGGCAUUCAACCACUAGAGUAUAGCUUUGCCGUCUUCUUCCCCUCCCUUUCUGCCUCCCCUCAGCCACAUCGAAGAGAGAAAGAAAGAAGCAACAUCUCCAAACAAGGAAUGUUUGGCUUAAGACAAAACAAAACAAAACAAAAAGCAAAAGGGCAGCCACUGUGUCCUUGCAGACCCUUUCCAUUGGCAUUUCCCAGUACAAUGAGAUCAACUUCUGACCCUACGAAAUGUGAAACGUAUACAUUGCUGUUACAAUACUGCUUUAAGAUCUCCACCAUCUGGCAAACUUUAGUGCAACUAGGACAUCGAAGUUUCAAGGACCUGGAUGUUUCCAGUGUGACCACAGAAGCUGAAACUUCUGAAACUCAACCAAGGACACUUUUUUUUUUUUAAUUACAAUUGAAAUAAAUAAAUAAAAGUUCUUUUUGUGCCAUAUGACAGAUGGCUCUACUUAAGUGAAGAAAGAAUCUAUGGGCUUUUACCCAGCAUAUGGAGGUGUAAUCCAGAGAGAAGGAAAAGUAGAAUUUUAUUAUUAAAAUAAAAGAACUGACUAUGCAGUUACAUACGUAGAGUUCUGUGCAAAGAGAUGUUUUGCCAGCCUGAACUCUAUUUAAGAAACUUUGUAAAAAUAAAAAUAAAAAAAUGUAUAUAGCCAUGCGUUUAAACAAACACACACCGAGAGAAAAACAAACAAAAACAACAACAAAAAAAGCUUUUAUUGGUGUUUUCAGUUUGAAAGAGCUUUUAGCAAGAUUGUGCUUUCCAUUGUGGUCUGUAUGUAUAUAAAUCGAUAUAUACAUUAGUCAUAUCACCUCUGUCUCCUCCAGGACAAAGGAGGAUUUUCUUCUUAAUUCCUUGUGGCCAACAGACAUGGGGUUUUCUAACGUGUUUUAUUUGUAGGAGGAUGUGAUUGUCACACAGUGGACCUAGACCGUCUGUUCGACUAGGCCCUCUCUCCCCUUCUUGGGCUGGAAAGUGCAUGCGACAGCAUUCUUAGGAGACCGUUAUUUUUAGGAAAACUUUUAUUUUUGUGUGUUAAGGCUUCAUGAAGUUGCAACCCCAGGAUGGAUCCCCAGCGUGGAGCCUAUUUAAAGCUUGUUGAAUUAGAAACACGCACGCACAUGCAGAGUGACCGCGGGGGAGAAACAGAA